CAACAAGAGUAGAGAAGACAGGAAAUUACCUAAGAUGUGAGAAGUCCUCCCUUAGCAAAAUAAAACCUUGUUUUCAAAAUGGACCGAAGUAAACGGAAUUCAAUAGCAGGAUUUCCACCACGCUUGGAGCGUGCUGAAGACUUUGAUGGUGGCACUGGAGGAGAAGGGACUGCAUCCCAGAUAGGAAGAGUUUGUACCUCUUCAUACAGAGCCCUGAUAAGUGCCUUUUCCAGACUUACUCGUCUUGAUGACUUCACAUGUGAGAAAAUUGGCUCUGGCUUCUUCUCUGAGGUGUUCAAGGUAAGGCACAGAACUUCAGACCAGGUAAUGGCUUUGAAGAUGAACACACUGAACAGCAACAGAGCAAACAUGCUGAAAGAGGUUCAACUCAUGAAUAGACUCUCACAUCCAAACAUCUUAAGGUUUAUGGGUGUCUGUGUGCAUCAAGGACAGCUGCACGCACUUACUGAGUACAUCAACUGUGGUAACCUGGAACAGCUCUUAGACAGUAACCAGCAUCUGCCCUGGACAGUGAGGGUGAAACUGGCAUAUGACAUUGCUAUGGGAAUCAGUUAUCUUCACUAUAAAGGCAUUUUCCACCGAGACCUUACAUCCAAGAACUGCUUAAUAAAACAUGAUGAGAACGGAUACUCAGCAAUAGUAGGAGACUUUGGUUUAGCAGAGAAAAUUCCUGAUCACAGUGAGAAGUUACCAGUGGUGGGUUCACCCUUCUGGAUGGCACCAGAAGUUCUGAGAGAUGAACCUUACAAUGAAAAGGCGGAUGUGUUCUCCUAUGGUAUAAUUCUGUGUGAGAUUAUAGCAAGAAUACAGGCAGAUCCAGACUAUCUCCCUCGCACAGAGAAUUUUGGAUUAGAUUAUGAUGCCUUCCAGCACAUGGUGGGAGACUGUCCCCCUGACUUCCUCCAGCUGGCCUUCAACUGCUGUAAUAUGGAUCCAAAGUUGCGUCCUUCAUUUGCUGAUAUUGUCAAAACACUGGAUGAGAUUUUAAACCGCCUGAGAAAUGAAGACUCGGAGAGAGAGAGGAAGUUUUUGAACCUUGACAACAGUGAAAGAAAACCCAAAGGGUCAAUUGAGAAAGGACCUGGAGUAAAACGUUUGAGUUCUCUGGAUGAUAAGAUCCCACCCAAGUCACCCCGUCCACGUCGGAAUAUCUGGUUGUCACGCAGCCAGUCAGAUAUCUUUUCCCGCAAGCCUUCCAGGAAGAUAAAUGUGCAGGACCCCUACUAUACGCCAAACAAAGGGUUAGGCCGGAAAGUUAAUCCCUUCAGUGCCCGGGAGGACCUCAAGGGGGGGAAGAUCAAAUUCUUUGACAUGCCAAGCAAGUCUGUGAUUUCCCUGGUGUUUGACUUGCAUUCUCCAGAGGCAGGUGGAGGCCUGAGAGCCAGCCAGUCCCAGAUCCGGCAGGCGUAUAGCACAGACUGGCAAGAGUUCUCCCUUCUCCCUGGGAGGAGAUGCAGAUCACUUCCUCUCUCUCCUGAAUUGCCGCACAAGGAAUACGGCCUGUUUGGGGGACUGUCCUCAACUGUCAGCAGGUGUGACCCAACCCAGCUAGGUGCAGAGGUUCGGCAAAAACUCCUGAGUAGCAGUAAAUAUGGUGUGUCAGAGAUUCCCCCCUUUCAAGCCAAGUCUCACAGGCCAGAAUUUCUUCCUGUACCAGGACAAGAGGAGGAUAUGGACUGUUCAGAUGGGCCAGUGGCCCAGGAGGAGAAUGGGUUUUGCCCUGUUGAGAACACGUGUAGAGAUCCAUCACGUAAUCAACCAUUAGUGCUGGCCCAGCCUGAGCUGCUACAUUACAAAAAGCUCCCAGCUGAGAAUUCAGUGAACUCUGAGGGACAUGACUCCUCACAAGUGUUUGCAGGUUGUCUCCCUUCUGAAGAAAUGGAGGUGGAAGAUGAUGUACUGAAAAAUACUCUGCUAGAGUCUCCAAAGCCUCUGUUCAGUGUUAGUCCCUCUACUGAGCUGAAGAGAGAGGCAUGGCUCUUCAGGGAGCAGGAUGGGGACAGUCCUGCCCCCUUGUCUCAGACUUCCUCCAACAUCUCAGCAAGUGGCAGCACACAGUCAACUUGUGACAUAUGAAGAGAGAGCUCAAACUGAAUGUGCCCUUGAGGGAACAGUUGUUCCCAGUCGCUUAAACUCUUAUUUUUCUGUAGUGCUGGGCUUCAUAGUCAAAAGAGACUCAGCAGAUGGUAGAAACUGGCUGUCAAACAGAUAGCUGCAGACAGCAUCUGGAGAGACUGAUUAUUUUAACUUUAUUUCAAACUGUGCUUAUUCCCUUCCCUGAUUUGCAUUAGGAGGGGGAAGUACUCCAGCCAGAAGGGCCAUGUGGGCCCCACAGUCCUUCCAAGAGGCAGCAGCCAGAGCAGGCACUUUGUGUAAACAGUUUGACCUGGAUUCCAGCAUGGAGCAUUUCAAGGCCUUAAGCUCCAUGUUGGGUAGAAAGAGUGACCCUUAGGUUUUCCCUCUUCCUCUGACUGACCAGCUGCUCUAAACCAGUACAGAUUUUGCAUUAACAUUCUGCAGCGGUGCGCAUGAGUGGGAGCCUCUGUUUUAGAAACAGGCACAGGGAUCUUUCAGAGCUAUGUUGAGCAGAUAGGAUUGCUCUCUGGUCCCAGAGCUGCUGUGAAUGGUGUUGCAGCAUUAAACAAGCUCUUUCAAAAGCAGCAAAAACAAAACCCCUCAUGCUGGUGGCAAUCUGUAGGCUGAAUCACAUGACAAGUACUUUGCAAUUAACAACAAGAAUAAUCUGUUCCCUGGAGUUUCAUUUUUCCCUUGGGAUUUGGUAAUGAUGUGUAAUACAUCAGUGCAGGGAAGCAGGAUGUGGUAAGCACUGCUUUCCUCUUUGCACAGCUCUUCAUGUACCUUCGCCUGAAUGUGGAUGAAGAUUUGUCCAUGGCACGACAGCCAUAUUCCAGGCAUUGUCAUUUCUGGGCUUCUG